AUGGGAGAUGGAUGUAGGAGUACCGAUCCUCUUGGAGCAGAGGACACAGAACUGCUACGUGGACUUCCUAAUGACAUCACUCUUUACUGUUUAGCAAGAGUGCCUCGGAAGUACCAUACAGUACUGAAGUGUGUUUCCAAGAGAUGGCGGGAGUUAGUGUGCAGCGAAGAGUGGCAUGAUUAUCGUAGGAAAAAUAAUCUUGCCGAGACUUGGAUAUAUGCUCUUUGUCGUGGCACCUUUGACCAGUUGAGGCUUUACGUCCUGGAUCCUAAUUCUCAGAGGAGGUGUUGGAAACUCAUUCCAGUGGUUCCAGACCGCUGUUUGAAGAGAAAAGGUAUGGGGUUUGAAGCAUUUGGAAAGAAGAUUUACUUAAUGGGUGGAUGCGGUUGGUCAGAAGAUACUACUGAUGAAGUCUACUGCUACGACGUUCCAAGGAAUUCAUGGGCAGAAGUUACUUCCUUGUCAACUGCAAGGUGUUAUUUUGCUUGUGAAAUUCUGGACGGCAAAAUCUACGCAAUUGGAGGGUUGGGUUCAAAUCCGAGUGAUCUCCAUUCUUGGGACUGCUUUGAUCCCCACACAAGUACUUGCGAAUCGCACCCUUACACCAACAUUUUAUCUGAGAUUGAUGAUUCCAUGGUGCUGGAUGGGAAGAUUUACUCUCUCUGUGGUCUUUAUGGCUACGCAUCCCGUGUGUAUGGGGUUGUUUAUGACCCUUUACAUGACACGUGGCAGUACGCAGAUGCUGAUUUAGUUUCUGGUUGGCGGGGUCCAGCGGUCAUCGUUGAUGGUGACUUUUAUGUGUUGGACCAGAGCUCAGGGACGAAGCUGAUGAUGUGGGAUAAGCAGAAAAGGGAAUGGGUUGCAGUUGGAAGGCUGUCAGCAUUGCUCACAAGACCACCUUGCAGACUAGCAGCCAUUGGGAAGAAGAUAUUUAUUGUGGGCAAGGGACUAUGCACCGUUGUCGUUGACAUUGGCCAAACUGGGAAUAAUGUGGAAGGGGUGUUGGUUAGUUCUUCCAUUCCUGGUUUAGAUUGCCAGGAUGAGAUCAUCAGUUGCACUUGUGUGUCGAUUUGA